UAUCAGCGCUCGUCGGGCAUCCUGUGCCGCUAGUGCAACAGCAAGCAGCAGUCCGCGCCGCGAUGUUUAGCUGGGGAGAUGGAGCAAGAGGCAAGCUGGCUUCCCCGCUGUCUCAGGAUGUGGUUGAUGUUCCACAAACUGUCCAUUUUCCCUCAGAUCCAAUUUCGGAUGUUUCGUGUGGAGAGCAGCAUUCUCUUUUUGUCUCUGUCCGCGGGCAAGUCAUUUCAUAUGGUCACAACAAUAAAGGACAGUUGGGAAGAGUGAAAAGUUCAGAUCCAAAAGUGAUAGAUGGACUGGAAGGCGUGGUGGCGGUGGCUUGUGGCCAGGACCACAGCCUGGCCCUGUGUGGCUCUGGAGAGGUAUACUCCUGGGGCAGAGGGGAUGAGGGGCAACUCGGCGUGGCUUCACAGUUGUCCAACAUGUCUCAACCACUGUGGGUGACAAUACAGGCUCCUUGGCCAGUGCUGAUUACACAAGUUGCUUGUGGAAAUGUUCAUUCUUUGGCUCUAUCUUCAGGGGGAGAUGUCUUUUCCUGGGGUAAGAAUACUCAUGGCCAGUUGGGAUUGGGAAAGGCGGUGGCUGUCCAGCCGGUGCCUUGCCUUGUCAGUGCCCUCACGGGGGUACCUGUGACCCGCAUUGCAGCCGGGGGAUCCCACACCUUGGCCCUCACUCUCCAGCGACUGGUAUACUGCUGUGGGGCCAACCAUGCGGGCCAGCUGGGACUGAAAAGGGUCGAUGAGAAAGGUCGUUUUGCAAUCUGCUCAGUGCCUGCACUCAGAGACUGGGACAUAACAUCUAUCUGCUGCGGGCAAUCACACACGGCAGUUCUUACCAGGACUGGUCAUGUCUACACGUUUGGUGAGGGAGCCCAUGGCCAGCUCGGCCACAGUUCCACAGCCAAUGAGCUUCUGCCCAGGAAGGUUGAAGGCCUAGAUGGACCUGCUACACAGAUAGCCUGUGGCAGCCAUCAUACCUUGGUGCUGGGAUCCUCUAAGCAGCUGUGGGCCUUUGGGAGCGGAGUGAAGGGUCAGCUGGGGAACGGAACAUUAGUGAACUGCUCACAACCUGUUAUGGUGGAAGUCAACAGGGCUGGGAUGGAAAUUCCAACGCUCAGUGAUUUUAGGAUUUCAGCAGGAUGGAAUUCAAAUUUUGCUUUCUACGCAUCUUUUGAGAAGGGUACAUCAGCACCACAGCCAAUCGAGAAACUGAGUGAAGCCCAGAUACAGAAAUGGCUGACAAUGUCUGUAAAGGGUCAAAAACCUGCUGAAACCGAAAGAGUUUUCAGUCAAUUUUCGUCAAGUUCAAGACUUGUAGGAAGUUUCACGAAAGACUUUGUGUCAGAGUCUAAGAUGACAGCAAAUUCUGUGAGAAUGGACUUGCAAGCUGCAAGUAAAGCAUUUGAUGACCUUCUACAAGUUCCUUGGAUACGCAAAGCAAUAGAGCUCUCAGCACUGGUCGGACACCUUUGUUUGUGUUCAUCAACAAUGAAAGCAGCAGACGUCUUCUUGGUACUUCCGCUGUGUCCCCUGCUACAUGAGGCCGAAAAUGUCGUCAACCUGGUUCUUCCACUCGCGGUAGCCAUAACCAACCUCAGUGACGCCGUCAUGGAAACUUUGAGAGGCUGGUGGGCAUCCAUGGGUAAAGCCAUGAUGUCCAGACACAUCUUGGCAUGGAAACAAGCCAUCUCCUUCCUCCUACGCGCCAAUCUGCUGCAUCAUUAUGGCCCUGGGGUGAAGGCCACUCUCGAGGUUCUCAAGGGGCUAUACAGAGCAAACAAGAAAGCUGCAAAAUCUGAGCAAGUUCCCAUCACUGAGUUCUACAUAGAGGAACUAGGUCAAAACCUCCUCAUACUUCAGGCAGACGUGACACUGUGGAGACAGAUCAAAUGGAAGCAAGUGCAGGAAGUGGACCAGACACCUCCUAUUUUUUGUCGUUUUCCAUUCCUGUUAGACCUUCAGAGCAAGUUGUUCAUCUACCAUUAUGCUGCUGAAAUGACAAAGACUGCUCAUCACAUAAUACAUCAAGCACUCACUGGACCAGAAGCAUCUCAGUUGUUCACUAAGGAGGCCCCAACUCCUGUGAUCAAGCUCAAAAUCAGACGUAAUCACCUCCUGGAUGACACUUUCAGGCAACUGUCCGCUUCUGAUCAUGAAAACUUCGAAAAAGAACUAUGUGUCCAGUUUGUGGAUGAGUCAAAACUGACGCUAGUGAACCAAAAGGAUUUUUUCCUUCAUGUAUUUGAUGAAUUGCGUUCACAUGACUUCGGCCUGUUCAUGUACAAUGACACGGAAACCCUUCUUUGGUUUCCACCGAAGCCACAGCAUGAAAACAAAAUGUAUUUCCAUCUUGGAAUCCUCUGUGGUCUAGCUCUAAACAACAACAACAUUGUGCACGUGCCCUUCCCUCUUGCCAUGUUCAAGAAACUUCUGGGAGUCCACGUAGGCUUAGAGGACCUGACAGAGUUCAGUCCCGUUCUUGGAAAGAGCCUGCAUUAUAUUUUGUAUGAAUACAUUUAUGAUGACAUUGAAGAAAAUUUGAACAUGACCUAUUCGAUUACAUGGGAUGGCGUAAUGGUCGAGCUGGAUCCAAAAGAAAAGGGAAAACUUGUGACAAGCAGAAAUAAGAAGGAGUUUGUGCAGGCCUACGUGGACUACGCAUUAAACAAAUCAGUGGAGAAGGUGUUUGAGGAGUUCAAGAGGGGUUUCUUCAAAGUGUGUGCCAGAGACCUAGUGGAGCUGUUCCACCCCGAGGAACUCAGGGAGAUGUUGGUGGGCAGAGAGGACUAUGACUGGGAAAUACUCCGACAGAACACGGCGUAUGAGGGAGAAUACCACGGAGACCACCCUGUGAUUAAAAUGUUCUGGGAGGUGUUUGAUGAUCUCACUGAAGAUCAACAGAAAUCCUUCCUCUUGUUUGUGACAGGCUGUGACCGUGUGCCUAUUGGUGGAAUGGAUCAGAUUCGGUUAACCAUACGCGUCAGGCGCAACUCUACUCCGCAGUACUUCCCAGAGUCCCUGACGUGCCAUGCCAUCUUUGACCUCCCCAUGUACCAGUCCAAGGAGACGCUCAAGACUCAGCUCUCUGAGGCUCUCAACCAUAACAGAGGGUUCUGGAAAGAAUGACUGCCUCGCGCCAAACCCUAACCCUCCGAUAUUCAUUCCUUCCUGAAAUUAAUCAAGUGUAAUUCAGAUGAACUAGAAACACAAUAGAGUAUUACCUAAAUCAUAAAAUCACAUUACAUAGUCAUGGUGCACAAUUUCUUUGCUUCUCAUAAUUUCUUUGUUUUUUUUCCACAAGUGAAUAAUCAUUUAAGUAUACAUUAGUGUUGUACUAUGAACUAUGAGUUUAUGGUGCCUUGCUAUAGAAGAUACAAACAGAACUCCGAAAAUCAAUGUAGCCUCUUUGAUGAACUGAUACGGCUUUAAGAGAUAGUAUGCUAUGCACACUUAUAUCACAACUGCUGGGAUGCCUGAAAGUAUGCCAAGGCAAGGCAAUAGCUACAUUUAUGAAAUAUGUAUAUGCUACACCUAGUAUGUCAGACAAAACCACUAAAAGGGAUUCCCUUCUCUAGCAGACUGAACUGAUGUGGCAAAACACAAACUCAUUUGUCAUUAUUGUGUCUGAUGCAUAUUGCUCUAACAAACCCGACUUAUAUCAUUGAAGUUGUAAUUAUAAUGAAGCUGAAGUUAUCUGUCAAUGUGCCUUCUAUUCGGUGUGUUUCAACUACGUUAUGUAGCCUGUAUUCAUGUUGCUCUUUUUUUUGAUAAUCUGAUUUGAUCAUUUUUUGACAAUGAUAAUAUGUUGUAAUGACAUCCUUCAAUGACACAAUAAAAUACUCCGGCCUGGACCAAGCGCUGUUGAUAAUCAUUAUUAUC